CGCAUGCGCAUAUCCUGCUUUUACGUGAGACCUCGCCAUUUUGAAAAACUUUUUUUUUGCUGGUCAUUUUAUUGGUCGUUUUCAACGAUGGCCUUGCUCUGGAAAUACGACGCAUUUUAAAGGCAGGAUAUUUUGCAAUUUUGUGUGGCUAACAAUGCUAAACUGCGUCGCUUUCGGACGAACGUGGCGCAAAGUGUCACAUAAAGUCACUUCCGCCCAAUGUUGUUUUUCGAAAAAUGGCUACUGGGGGUCAAGUCUCGAGCGCGUAAGGAGAUGUUGUCGCCGCUGUCCGGUUGCUAACGGGACGCGUGAAUCCAGUUCCCAGCCACACAACUCGAAGGUGCCGGCAGCUGCAACCUGGGAGCCGAUAGCAGAGGACCAGCUGCCCCCGCCGACACGAGUCGCGGCCGACCUGGUGGACAAACUUGAGCGCUUGGCCUUGGUGGACUUCCGCACCAAAGAGGGCGUGGCCUGUUUGGAGGAGGCCAUCCGAUUCGCGGACCAGCUUCACGUCGUCGACACCGCGGGAGUGGAGCCGAUGGAUUCGGUUCUGGAGGACAGGGUUUUAUAUUUGAGAGAUGACACGGUGAUGGAAGGCAACCACGCAGAAGAACUUCUGCAGCUCCCCAAGAACACAGUGGAAGAUUAUUACGUGGCUCCACCAGGAAAUAUUCCGUUACCAAAGCGGGAGGAGCGGGCUGCCAUGUUGAAACACUCCGACUUCUGACCUCUUGGAACGUGGUUUUCAUAUCGAGGACGAAGGUCAUCGUCACAAGGCAGUAACGGUCGCUAUGUUGACUGGGACGUCCCAAACCACUACGGGGUGUCCUGAGGACACCGUGAAGGUGCUCAAAAACCUAAACGAGACCAAGAUGGGAAUCUCCGCUCAUACCUAGAAGAAGCUGACGUUGGCGGGCAGUUUUGAGCACCGUCGACGUGACCUUUCACCUGGGAGGAGGCCGAUGAAGAACCACCUGCGCGUUGGUUAGCUUGACUGCACUGUUUUGUUUUGUUUUUUUAAUAUAAUAUUGUAUGUGCUGGUGUAUUCAAAGUCAACAAAUGAGACCGUUAUACUCAAAUUGUAUUUUUUACAAAUACAUGAUGAUCUUAUGCA